GAAACAUACAAAACACUCGCACGGAUCUCACACCGAUUUGUUUCAACACAACUGGUAGAACUGUUCUGCUAGUGAAACCAGUGAAAUAAAUAUUUAAAACUACUGUGAUAAAUUCAGUGAAAUGUUGGUCCGACGCUUUCACAGCUCAUCUCUCGCAUUGGGAAAAGUGGUGCCCACAAAUUUGAAAGGUAAAUCCAAGAGUUCACAGCAAUGGCUCUCGAGGCAGUUGAAUGAUCCCUAUGUAGAGAAAGCAAAGAUGCUGAACUACCGAUGCCGAAGUGCCUUCAAAUUGCUGGAAAUCGAUCAGAAGUACAACAUCAUAAAACCUGGCCAUACCGUAAUCGAUUGUGGAGCAUCACCCGGAUCUUGGUCCCAGAUAGCUGUACAGCAAUCGAACGCCAGUGGUUCCCAACCUGGCAAGCCAAGGGGAAUGGUGAUCGGAGUAGACCUGCUGCAGAUAUAUCCCAUCGAGCACGCGACAAUGCUGGGAAACACCGAUUUCAUGAAGCAGGAAUCGCAGGACAAAAUACGCGCCCUCUUGGGCGAAAGGCGAGUGGAUUGUGUCCUUUCGGAUAUGGCACCCAAUGCCACUGGGGUUCGAUCGCUCGAUCAGGAAAAUAUAAUCACCCUGUGCUAUUCGGUGUUGCGAUUUGCCAUUCUGAUGUCUUCGCCGAACGCCUCGCUGCUGGUCAAAGUCUGGGACAACGGAGAGGUUCCGCUGCUGGAGAAAAACAUGCAAAAGUACUAUCAGCAGGUCAAACGCAUCAAGCCCCGGGCGAGCCGGAGUGAUUCGGCGGAAAACUUCAUAUUAGCUCGAGGGUUUACCGGAGUGGAACGGUAACAGGUGAAUUGAUAACUGUAUAAUUGUAAGUAUGUACAUGAACCUUUAGAUAAGCAGUAAUCAGGUAGAAGUUGUUUUUAAACCUA